AUGGAUGAAGAGAAAUCUCUUAAAGAGAUCUCAACUGUUGAUACUCAGUCCCUCACUAUCAAGAUUGCAAAUUCAGGCAGCAAGAAACUGAGUAAGGACAUUUUCUCCACUGUUCUUCCUUCAAGUCAGCAGAAACUGAUAGCAAAUUCAGCAACAUCAUCACCAUAUAACUCCCCUUCCCUCAUCUCUCCUCCAUCUUCUGCAUUUGUUUCAGCAUUACAAUCACCUUACAUUUCUCCAAGGGCCACUUUAGUUACAAAUCCAACUCAAGAAAACCAACCAAAACAAGAAACUCCCAUUGCUCCUACCUCAGUUACUCACCCAUCCCCACCAGUCUCAUACUGCGGUUCGCAGUCUGAUGAUGUCCCGAGCACCUCCUACACUCCACCACCAGAAAGAUACGAUUAUUCCGAUGACCCCACCGACACAAAGCUCAAAAUUGUCACCUGUGUACCCGUUUCAGGACCGGAAACCGAUCCUCGGAUAUCCUUUUCUUUCCCUGUCCCUCGAAUUUCGUUUGCCAAAAGCUCCGUUUCGCCUGCUUCCAAUGCCAAACUUAGGAGCUGUGAUGUGUAUAUAGGAUUCCAUGGUCAGAACCCGAAUUUAUCGCGCUUCUGCAAGUGGCUCAAAUCAGAACUUGAGCUUCAGGGUAUUGCUUGUUUUAUUGCUGAUAGAGCAAAGUAUGCAGAUAAUCAGAGCCAUGAGAUUGCUGACCGGGUUAUAUGCUCAGUAACCUAUGGUGUCGUCGUUGUCACCGGUUGUAGCUUUUUCAACCAUCUUAGCUUGGAGGAAAUAAAAUUCUUCGCGCAAAAGAAGAACUUGCUUCCUUUAUUCUUUAACACGGAUGCCAAUGAAAUCGCAAGUCUUUUUAACAGGAAUCCUGAUGCAAAGAAAUGUAAAGAGGCACUGGAUAUAAUACUAAAGUGCCAUGAGUUUAGACUGGAAACAAAUGAGAGUAAUUGGAGAACCUGUGUGGAGAAAGCAGCUGGGAUAUUAAGGGCCAAGCUUGGCAGGAGAAGUGUUGUAGAAAAGAUUUCAGAAGGCUUUGAAGAGUUGCCUUUUCCGAGGAAUAAAAGCUUUGUGGGAAGAGAGAAAGAAAUUAUGGAAAUAGAGUCUACUCUUUUUGGUUCUUUUGAGCAAGAAAGUGUCCAGGGAGGAACACCAGGACAAUCUGAAGGUCUGGCUGAUGAUGAAAGUGAAGGAAAAUAUAUAAAUCUAGAGAUAGGAAAGAACAAGGAAACCAAUAAAGAAGCUUGGGUCGAACCUGGAAGAAAUUCAAUGAAGAGACCUAAGUACAGAAAAUCAAGAAGUGGGAAGGAUAAGAACUUGGGUAUGAGUGUUGUAUGCAUAAAUGGCUUGCCUGGUGUUGGAAAGACAGACCUUGCUUUGGAAUUCGCUUAUCGGUAUUCACAGAGAUACAGGAUGGUCUUGUGGGUAGGGGGAGAAGCUCGUUACUUUCGACAGAACAUAUUGAACUUGUCUCUAAAUUUGGGCUUGGAUGUGAGUGCAGAUGCAGAGAAGGAAAGAGGGAGGAUAAGGAGUUUCGAUGAGCAAGAAUCGGAAGCGUUCAAGAGAGUUAAAAGGGAGAUAUUCCGCGACAUGCCAUAUUUACUAAUCAUAGACAAUUUAGAGACUGAGAAGGAGUGGUGGGAAGGGAAGGAUCUUCAUGAUUUAAUACCAACUAACACUGGUGGUACUCAUGUCAUUAUCACAACACAACUCAACCGGGUAAUGAACUUUGAUCCCUCGCAGCUUCAGCCGUUGACUACGCCUGAUACCAUGAUAUUGAUAAGGGGUCGAAGUAAAAAGGAGUAUCCAGCUGGAGAGGUAGAAUUCCUCCAUAAGUUCGAUGAAAAAUUAGGAAGGUCUAGUUUUGGUCUGUGGGUGGUCGGGUCCCUUCUAUCGGAGCUUGCAAUUUUGCCAUCUGCUUUAUUCGAAGCUGUGAAUCAGGUUCCAGUUGAAGAAGCCACAAGUUGCUCUAAUCUGUCCAAUCCAUUUCUAAUGAAAACAUUGGUUUUCUGUACAGCCCUUUUGCAGCAAAGCAACAAUAGUAGGGACUCGCUUGCCUCAAGAAUGCUUCAGGUAGGGGCGUGGUUUGCUCCGGCACCCAUCUCGGUGAAUUUACUAUCAGCAGCUGCAAAGAAAAUACCUAUAAACAGAAACAGGGUCAAAAAGUGGACUAAGCGUAUGAAAGUUGCUCUAUGCUUCUACUCGGGUCAUUGCCUGACAAGCCAAACAUGGAAGAGUGAACAAGAAGCAGCAUUACUUCUAGUUAAACUCGGUUUGGCACGAAAAGCCAACAGGCCGACAGGUUGCUGGAUCCAAUUCCAUCCCAUCACACAGAUUUUCGCUAAAAGGAAAGAUGGACUAAUUGCUGCUAAAGCCAAUGUCCAAGGUGCAAGGAAACUUGGAAACCCGUUAACAGAUUCCGACCAUCUUUGGUCAUGUGCUUUCCUUGUUUUCGGUUUCAAAUCCGAACCACCAGUUGUUCAACUCAAGGCCAUGGACAUGGUUUUCUUCAUUAGAAAAACAGCUCUUCCUUUGGCAAUUAGCGCUUUCACAACGUUCUCAAGGUGCAACUCGGCCUUAGAACUCUUGAAGGUCUGCACAAACGUGCUCGAAGAAGCAGAAAAGUCAUUUGUUUCUCAAAUACAGGAUUGGUGCCACGGAUCUCUGUGCUGGAAAAAGAAGCUGCAAUCGAACCAAAGAGUGGAUGAGUAUGUUUGGCAAGAAGUGACAUUGUUAAAAGCUACCUUGCUGGAAACUAGAGCAAAACUGCUACUAAGAGGAGGCUAUUUUGACAGCGGAGAGGAUCUCUGCAGAACCUGCAUUAGUAUCCGAACCGUAAUGCUGGGUCAUAACCACGCUCAAACUUUGGCUGCCCAACAAAUAUUAGCCAAAUUAGUAAGGAUGAGGAGCAAAAUAUGAUCCCAAAACUCCGCAAAAAACCACUUUUUUGGUGGCUCAGUUUUGUUUACAGCGACCAUGUAAUUCACUCUUUAGUUCAUGUAACAUAGAAAUCAUCCUUUAUCAAGUACUUUUCACCACAUCAGUUCAACUUAUACGAAAUGCAUAUCGCUUUCAGCAAAUUAUCGAUUUUGUCGAGCAAAUUUAAGUAUUUAACCAAUUGCACAUGAUCAACCUACAACAUUUGAGUAUCUUUCCUGCAAAUAGUACAUUGCAUGUUUAGUGUUUUUCUAGUGGGAUGAACCCAUGUACCAUGACAUUUGGUUCAUUCAUUUACUACACAUCAGUUCAAUCUCAUUAGGCCAUUAAAAAGAUUGUCUUUUUAGUUUAUCUCACAACCAAGAAAAGCUUAUCUUGGAAGG